AUGAGCGACGUAAAUAUUGCUGCCAUCAAACAAACUCCAAGACAGGACGUUCAAACUAUUUCUUAUCUCAUCAUCUUUAAACUUGCAUGGCUUAUAAUGGUCAUUGCUUAUCCAGCUCUCAAAACUUAUUCUGUUGUUAUAGAACAAGAAGAUCAAAGAGCUAAUGGCCUUCGCAUCAAAUGGGGUUACUACUGGAUAACAGCUCCAUUCCUUGUUAUGAUAUUUAAGCUUUUGGAUUGGAUUCUUGGUGAUAGAAUUGCUUUCCACGUUAUCAACUUAAUUGUUACAUUCAUCUUGACAAAGAACAAUGGAUAUUACAUUAGACAGCUUACAAUCAAGCUUACAGCCAAAUUUUACAAGAAUUACUAUAAGCAAAUCAAAGAAAUACCAACAUUCAUUGGAAACUUGUUCAAGAACGGUUCCGUUUUGAUUGUUUCUUUAAUUUUUGGAGGCAAGAAACAAGAACCACAAGAAAGCGAAAGAGCUCCACGACGCACAAAGUUUGAGUAA